UAUUAACUAAAAAAUUUGUGAAAUUAGAAAGACUCGAUUUUAUUAUAAAAUUUUUAUUAGUAAAUGGAAAUGGAGGAUGAUAAUGGAAAAAGAAACAGGGGCAGGUCUCGUGGACGUACAAGAGGGAGAGGUCGAGGAAGAACCAGAGGACGUACUAAAAAGGCAGUUAAGGUUAUUGAAAGCGAUGAGGAAGAUAUUUCUCAAACUGCUGAGGAAAAUGCCAUGGAUACCAGUGUUCUUGAACCAGAUCUGCAAGAAGAAAUACCACAAAUUCAGCCAGUACAAGCACAACCAUUAUUACACGCUCAACAAGUCCAGCCAGCACAACAGAUACAAGUUCAUCAACCAACGGUUGAACAACAGUUUGAUUUAGAAGCCGAUAUUUCACAGCUGGAAGCACCGACAUUCACAACAAUUAAUAGAGGGCCACCCGAGCCGAUGCUAAGGUUACGAUGGGACCAUCGAGUUAAUUUAAUUGGCGAAAAAGUUUUAAAUCCAAUGAUACAUUGCUGUGAUAAGUGCUUAAAGCCAAUUUUAAUAUAUGGUCGAAUGAUACCAUGUAAACAUGUUUUCUGUUUGUCAUGUGCUAAAAGAGAAGAUAAAGUAUGUCCUAGAUGUAUUGAAAAAGUAUCUAGAGUAGAACAAACGGGUCUGGGAACUGUCUUCAUGUGUACACAUGGUGGAACCAGAUAUGGUAAUGCUGGUUGUCGAAGAACAUAUCUUAGUCAGAGAGAUCUACAGGCUCACAUAAACCAUCGGCAUGUGUCAGCACCGCCGCCGCAGCCAGUGCAAAGUAUGCAGUUGGACGGUCCGCCAGCCUACAUUCAGCACUCCAAAAGUUCGGACAUGCUUAUGGACUCGCAGCUAAUGGCCAAGGGCGUACCAAAUAACCGCAUGAAAUCCAUGGUGUCCGGUCACAUGGUGCCGCCAAAUGUGAUGGGCAGUGACCCUCGUGUCAAUUCCGUCGUCGGACAGCAAUCCUCGUCUCUGGACCAUCGACAAUCCCAACAGCACCGACACUAUUCCCAAAACUCAGUGCCCUCGCAGCAGCAGCAGUCCAGUAACUCACAGAUGCGCUCGAAUCUUAUAACAGUGCCCAUACAGGAUACGAGCGUUAUGGGGUCGCACGAACUUCAGCAGCAACAACAGCAACAGCAGCAGCAACAACAGCAGAGCCAUCACUAUUAUCAUUCUGAUAACCAUGUGAACGCGAGUCUUGCAGCAAGACACGUUGUGCUGUCUGGCCAGCCUCCCCCGCCACCGCCACCCCAGGUGAAUUACGGUGGGUACGGUGUGAAUGUGGUGGCUCCGCCCCCGACGCAGACCCAGCAGUACUACAAUCCACAGCACGCGCACGCGGCACAAAUGACGUAUGUGCCUCAGCAGCAACAAUACGGGGUAAGUCAGGCGUCAAGGUCCGCUUACGUGCAGGAUUCGCAAUACGGGCCUCAGCAGCAACAGCAGCAGCAACAGCAACAGCAACAACAACAGCAGCAGCAGCCGCCCCCACAAGCCUCCCAGCAACAGCAGUGGAGUCAACACCAACAGCAGUUUUACAGAUAAGAUCCAGCGAUCGAGGAAAUACGCUAGAGCGUCUUAUAUUUAUUACC